CUCUGCAGUCCCCAACCCCAGCCCCCCCCCCCAACUUUGGCUCUGUUGGGGGUUGGUUUUGCAAGACUCCAGCAGAGGAGGCACGGUGAGGGCUCCACGACGUGCUCACAUCCAGCAUAAGGAGCUGUCAAUCACUUGUCCUCUUCUUUCCUCUGCUGGGAAAACUCACAGAAUCAUCUAGAAGCCACACCGCCCGUCUGGAAUCACAGUGGAAAGCCAAGGCCUCAACAUGGCAUCUCAGAUCCCAGCCCUCCCUCAGUCCUACGCUCCUGGGACCGAUAGCGUCUUUUCUGAUCAGUCUGGCUUUUACUCUCUGGACUCCAACGUGCCCGGGCUCUCCAAGGUGAUUCUCAAUAAGCUCAACAUGAAGGACUAUGGAGAGUACAGGGCUGCCCUUGAGGGAAAAGCUAAAGGAAUCUCCUUCCGCAACUAUAAGGAGAUGUUCCAGAAGAUGGAGGAGACCUUUAAGUUCUGCACCGGCUGCAACAAACUGCCGGAGCAUCUCGGCGAGGGCCAGACCCUGAAGCGUUGUGUGAAGUGCUUGAAUGUGUACUAUUGCACCAAGGACUGUCAGAGAAAAGACUGGCCUCUGCAUAAAAAGGUCUGCAAAACGCUGCGUCUGGUGGCCAUUGACAGACUGGUGGAGUGGCUGAUGUUCACUGGAGCCCUCCCAUUCCCCACUGAGGAGUGGUCCAAGUCAGCCGCUGAGGUGAAGAACUGGGACGACUGGCUGCCAAUGCAGGGUGACCUCACGCCACGCCUGGAUGCCAUUUUGUCCGGUGCCGACAUGGCGACCCUUUGGAAGAACGCCAGCAGGACACAGCCGGAUGACGCUGACCUGCGACAGUCUUUGUGGCGUCUUCAGAGCGAGUUCCUCUCUCGAGUUCUCACAGUUGGGAUGGCGGUUCAACACUUUGGCCUGGAUUCGUGCGCCAAACCCCUGACCAUUCACGUGGCAGGGGCGUCCCACAAUGAGACCAUGAGAGCGAGGCUGACAGACUAUGAUGAACUCAACCACAUGUUCCCCGGACACCAGGGCAUAGAGAUCGUCAUGGUGGGACCGGAAGUGGUGGACGGCCCGAUCAUGAGGCCCCCUCUCAGGGUGUUUGGACCCAAGCAGAGGGUCUUUAUCAGCGCCUAUAAGGGGCUGUACCAUCAAUUCUGGGAGGAGUUGGUGGAGAAAGAGGAAGCAGCCAAGCCAGACCUGGUGGUUGGAUUUCAUCCUGGGUUCCAUGCUAACCAGGGUUUGGUGGAAGGCUGGCUGCCAACUCUUCUGCUGCUCAGAGACUGCAACAUCCCAUCCUUCUUCACCAUGUACAGUGAGAUGGAGCUCAAGUACUCGAUGCAGAUCCUGCUGGAGCUGGAGAUGAACAUCAGGGACAGCGGCUGCAAUCCGUUCGCCUCGCAGAAGCCGGAGCAGGUCCAGGCCUGUCCCAACAAAACGCCGGUCCACUGCAACUCGCAUUACAUCUGCUUCCAGGGACUGCUGCCAAGAGACGACUUUGGUCCAGACAACUAAGAGGAUCAGAUGUUGUUUGUCAGAGGUCCCUCCUCUUUAAAGAUGGGGAACAUGGGAACGUCGUGGACUGUGAGGUUUCCCGCAGAUUUAGUUUAGUGAAUUCUAGCGCUUAGUAUUAGGUCCAUCUCCGUCAAGGUCCACAAGUCGCCUUAGAUUCAGUCUAGCUGCACCAAAUUGAACUCACUCAUAGAUGCCAGAAUUUUUUCAUUGCAAUCCAUGAAUUAUUCCCUUGGAAAUCGAUGAAAACAUCAAAAAGCACCCUUUUUUGUAAUGUAAAAGAAACUGUAAUCCAUCUGGUAAUUUUUUAAUAAUCUUGUUCACAAUCAAACCAACAAACAAACAAAUGGACAGAGGUGAAAACAUAACCUCUUUAGUGGAGGUAAUAAAGUUCAUUGUGAAGGACGAUGGCAAUGAGGGGACCAGCAGGACACAGAAGGUUUGUACUUCAUCUGUGCCCUCGGGUGCAUCAUGGGUUCUGUCCUUAUUUGAUAGUUGUCUAUAAUUUGCUUCGCAGCUGAAUUACUUCCUAGAUCUCACAUUAGAUGCAAGACACGGGCCACAUGAAGUAAAAUUACACUGAAAUAAAUCAUGAGUCUCGCAUUGUUAUUUUUCUCCUUCAUCUUUGUGAUUUUCUGUGAUUUUCUGUUGACUUUAUCCAAACCUGCUUUUAUUCACAGCUCAGUCCUGAACACUCCUUUUCUUCAAUAGACAAUGUAAUAGUAUUUUCUGAGUGGAGUGGAGACAAUUUCAUCUUUGAUAAAAAAGUACAAAAAGUCAAGCAGCAGUUGGUUAAUGGCUAUUUUCAGUUUUAAUCAGAGUAAAUUAUACAGAAUGGCAUUUUAUUAUAAUAUAAAACACAGCGUGAGCUACAGGGUUAAAUAUUAAUGAUUAGAUAAGUGCUCAUCAAUUCCACAGCCUUUUAUAUGGAAAAUUAUUGCAUUAUAAUACUGUACAUGGACAAAUCAUAGAAUUUUGGCACUAUAGCAUAAAAU